AUGGACUCCUGUGCGGCGCUCUUCGCGCGGCCGAGCUUGGAACUGGAGCCGCCCUUCAAGCUGGUGGGCUCGGUGCUCUCUGAGGAGUCGUCGCUGGAGGAUCCACCGUCCAGAGUUCCCACUUGGUCAAGGUUGAAGAGUGACGCUGAGUCGUUGCCUUGGAGCCCCACAGGCUCCGCAGGAGAACACAGUGCAGCGUCCAGGCGGGCAGACGUGCCAGAGCAUCCGUUCGAUGCACCUCAGCAGGAGAUCCUCUCCCAGACUCAAGUGAUGUCGAAGGUUCUAGCCAGCUUAUGUGAUGCUCAGCAGUAUCACAUGCCUCGCUACAAGAAUUGGAAGAACACCAAGCCGGAGCGAGUCAGGACGGCCUUGCGCCAGCGGCCGCCCUGGAGUGGCCACCGGCAACGACACGGUGUGCCUGGCUCGGCCAGGGAAGGCAUCUUGAAAGUCCUUCGGCAGCUCUUCGGACGUCACUUUCAGGACGAAGAGGUGCGCGUCGAGGUGGCACGUCCUGGUGUGGGGCUGGAUGGCACGUUGGAACUUCCACGUUUGGAGGCGAUGAUCUACGGCCGCGCGGCGCCGCUGAGCGGCUGCUGUGGCAGCUCGGUGCUGAGCUUCUUUGACGCCACCUGCGGCGUGGCGGUGAUUUGCGUCCGGCGGACCUGCCGCUGUCCAGCCUUGGUGUUGCAACCUCUCAGCGAGCCGCUGCGGCUGUCGAUCUGGGGGCUCUACUUGGCCCUGACGGAUGGCGUACUGCCGAAGCACAGGCCGCCGCCCGCGGCGCGUGCGACGCACGCGCCGGAGAUGACGACUCAUGCGGGUGGACUGAAGGAGGAGCUCCAGCCGCUGUUGCUUGAGCCCCCCAAGGAGCCCAAGAGCUGUGAGGACCACGUCACAGGCAGCUCCCGCGUUCCUCUUGAGCAACCUUUGGAGCCGGAGAGGCGGGUGAAUGACCUGGAGGCGGAGGAGGCGGGGUGGGAACGUGGUGGAAGGCCGGCGGCGGCCUGGGACCAGUUUGCCCCAAAGACUCUGAGGUCUCCAAAAGCGGGUUCCCUCCCCACCGCGCACGUCUGUGCUCGUGGUGGGCCGGUGGUGGAUCCCACAGCCUUCAAUCGAACGAUCGUCCUUCGCACAGGGGCCGGAGGUGGAGCAGCUGGAGGAGGAGCGGCCGAGGCGAAUCACAUGAUGAAGACCUGGAUGAUCCUGGAGUUUUUCUCCUCGAAGCAGAGCACCUCUUACUGGUGUCUUCCGACGGCAAGUGAGACCGUCCGGAAGCCCUUAGACCGGAGGCCGAAGGUCCUUCUUGCCAAUGAGCCCACCUUUGGAAGUCGCAUAGCCCCUCUUACAUGGGCAGAGUCCUUCCCGCUUUCAGCCAUGGAUUGGAUUCAGUGCUCCAACCCCAGCAGCUCACCCGAGCAGCUCGCGGCUCACCCAGCGUCGGAGCCAUUCCGAACAGACAUGGCCAAUCCGAGAGAAGCAGCUCUCUUCUGGGUGGGUUGA